AUGGGAAAGAAGCAAAAAGAGGAUGCUAGUGGCGCAACCUCAAAGGCUAAGGCUGGCAAUAAAGAUGCAAAGAAAGAAAAACUAUCAGUCACUGCCAUGCUGGCUAGCAUGGACCAGAAAGCUGACAAACCGAAGAAAGGUUCUUCCUCAACCAUAACGUCUAGUAAGCCAAAGCAAAAGUCAGCUCCUUCUUACACCGAUGGAAUUGAUCUUCCUCCAUCUGAUGAUGAAGAAGAGGAGGGGUAUGGCUUGGAAGAAGAGCAGCAACAGAAUGAUCCAAACAAGAGACCCAAUCAGCGGAGGUCUGAAUUGAAGCCCCUUGAUGUAGCCAUAUCAGAUAAAGAAUUGAAAAAGCGUGAAAAGAAGGAACUUCUCGCUGCACAUGCCAUUGAGCAUGCAAAGCGGGAGGCCCUUAAAGAUGACCAUGAUGCUUUCACAGUCGUCAUUGGGAGCCGGGCUUCUGUCCUUGAUGGGGAAGGUGAAGGUGAUGCAAAUGUCAAAGAUAUAACAAUAGAUAAUUUUUCUGUCUCAGCUCGGGGAAAAGAACUACUUAAAAAUGCAUCUGUGAAGAUAGCUCGUGGGAGGAGAUAUGGUUUGGUUGGACCCAACGGAAUGGGCAAGUCUACACUAUUGAAGCUCCUUGCUUGGAGAAAGAUUCCUGUGCCGAAGAAUAUUGAUGUGCUUUUGGUUGAACAGGAGGUCAUUGGUGAUGAUAAAACAGCUUUACAAGCAGUUGUUUCAGCUAAUGACGAACUUGUCAAACUCCGAGAAGAAGUUGCCUCACUGCAGAAAUCCGCUGAGGGUGAAAACAAUGGCGACGAUGAUGAUGAAGAUGAUGCUGGAGAGAGGCUUGCUGAAUUGUAUGAGAAAUUGCAGUUGAUGGGAUCAGAUGCUGCUGAAUCACAGGCAUCAAAGAUUCUUGCUGGGUUGGGUUUCACCAAGGAUAUGCAGGGCCGUCCAACUAGGUCAUUUAGUGGUGGCUGGAGGAUGAGAAUUUCACUGGCUAGGGCACUUUUUGUGCAGCCUACUCUUUUAUUGCUUGAUGAGCCUACCAACCAUCUUGACUUGAGGGCUGUUCUCUGGUUGGAGGAGUAUCUGUGCCGCUGGAAGAAAACUUUGGUUGUUGUCUCACAUGACCGAGAUUUUCUUAACACGGUUUGCAAUGACAUCAUUCAUCUACAUGAUCAGAAACUCGACUCCUAUCGUGGAAAUUUUGACGACUUUGAAGUUGGGUAUGAGCAGAGGCGGAAGGAGACAAACAAGAAGUUUGAGAUUUAUGACAAGCAGAUGAAAGCUGCCAAGAGGAGUGGGAAUCGGGUUCAGCAGGAGAAGGUCAAGGAUCGUGCAAAGUUUGUUGCAGCUAAGGAAGCAGCAAAGAGUAAGGGCAAGGGUAAGGUUGAUGAGGAUCAAGCCCCACCAGAAGCUCCAAAGAAGUGGAGAGAUUACAGUGUUGAGUUUCACUUUCCUGAACCUACUGAGCUUACACCACCACUCUUGCAGCUCAUUGAAGUGACCUUUAGUUAUCCAAAUCGGGAGGAUUUCAAGUUGUCGAAUGUUGAUGUGGGCAUUGAUAUGGGAACCCGCGUUGCUAUUGUUGGACCCAAUGGAGCUGGCAAAUCUACCCUCCUCAACCUUCUUGCAGGUGAUUUGGUACCAACCGAGGGUGAAGUGCGGCGGAGUCAGAAGUUGAGGAUUGGAAGGUACUCCCAGCACUUUGUGGAUCUUCUCACAAUGGAUGAAACACCUGUACAAUACCUUCUUCGUCUCCAUCCAGACCAGGAGGGGCUUAGCAAACAGGAGGCUGUCCGGGGGAAGCUUGGCAAAUUUGGACUUCCCAGUCAUAAUCAUCUUACCCCUAUUGCAAAAUUAUCAGGCGGGCAGAAAGCUCGAGUUGUCUUCACAUCAAUAUCAAUGUCAAAGCCCCAUAUUUUACUAUUGGACGAACCCACAAACCAUUUAGAUAUGCAGAGUAUCGAUGCCUUGGCUGAUGCACUAGAUGAAUUCAGUGGCGGAGUUGUACUUGUCAGUCAUGACUCUAGGUUGAUAUCGCGUGUCUGUGAUGAUGAAGAGAAGAGUGAAAUUUGGGUGGUGGAAGAUGGAACCGUGACUGCUUUCCCAGGAACAUUUGAAGAGUACAAAGAGGAGCUACAAAAAGAGAUUAAGGCUGAGGUUGAUGAUUAA